UCCAAACUGCUGUCGAACUUUCAAAAAGGUUGAACAUCUCGCUGUUUUUUUUUCACCACCACCUACGUAUCUCACAGCCUCGUCGAUCAGCAUCUUUAUAAACGACCUUCGCUUUUGAUCUCCAUCCACUCUUCCUCAACAUGGCUACCGCAAUGGAUCACCUUUCCUCAGGUUCCGAGAGAAUAGCUUGGCUAUCAAACCUCAACACUGAGUUCAAGCCCACCAAGAACUACCGCCGUACUUCCAUCAUCUGCACGAUCGGUCCCAAGACAAACUCCGUCGAAGCUCUGAACAAGCUCCGUACAGCUGGUCUCAAUGUCGUCCGCAUGAACUUCUCCCAUGGCUCGUACGAGUACCACCAGUCUGUCAUUGACAACACCCGCGAGGCUGAGAAGGUCCAGAAGGGACGUCAAGUUGCUAUUGCUUUGGAUACCAAGGGCCCAGAAAUCCGAACUGGUAACACUACCGGCGAUGCGGAUCUCCCGAUCAGUGCUGGUGAUGAGAUGAACAUUACCACCGACGAGAAAUACAUCACUUCGUGUGACACCAAGAACAUGUAUGUCGACUACAAGAACAUCACCAAGGUUAUCGAGCCAGGACGUACCAUCUAUGUUGAUGAUGGUGUUCUUGCUUUCGAUGUUCUUUCCAUUGACGACGAGAAGACCAUCCGUGUCCGUGCCCGAAACAACGGCAAGAUCUCCUCCAGAAAGGGUGUCAACCUCCCCAACACCGAUGUCGAUCUCCCAGCCCUUUCCGAGAAAGACAAGAAGGAUCUCCGAUUUGGUGUCAAGAACAAUGUUGAUAUGGUCUUUGCCUCAUUCAUCCGAACUGGUCAGGACAUCAAGCACAUCCGUGAGGUUCUUGGUGAGGACGGAAAGCAUAUCCAGAUCAUUGCCAAGAUUGAGAACAGACAAGGUCUUAACAACUUUGCCGAUAUCCUCAAGGAGACUGAUGGUGUCAUGGUUGCCCGUGGUGAUUUGGGUAUCGAGAUUCCCGCUGCUGAGGUGUUUGCUGCACAAAAGAAGAUGAUUGCUAUGUGUAACAUCGCCGGCAAGCCAGUCAUUUGCGCUACUCAAAUGCUCGAGUCCAUGAUCUACAACCCUCGCCCAACCCGUGCUGAGAUCAGCGAUGUUGGAAACGCUGUCACUGAUGGAGUCGACUCUGUCAUGUUGUCAGGUGAGACUGCCAAGGGUAAUUACCCCACCGAGGCCGUUAAGGAAAUGCACGAGGUUUGCUUGAAGGCCGAGAACACCAUUGCGUACGUUUCGCACUUCGAGGAGCUCUGCAACUUGGCCGAGCGCCCAGUCAGCAUCGUCGAGUCAGUUGCCAUGGCUGCUGUCCGUGCCUCCUUGGACAUGAACGCUGGUGCCAUCAUCGUUCUCUCCACCAGCGGUGACAGCGCUCGUCUCCUCUCCAAGUACCGCCCUGUUUGCCCGAUCUUUAUGGUCACCCGAAAUGCUUCCGCUUCUAGAUACGGUCACUUGUAUCGUGGAGUCUAUCCCUUCUACUUCCCAGAGCAGAAGCCAGAUUUCGACAAGGUCAACUGGCAAGAGGAUGUCGACCGAAGAAUCAAGUGGGGUAUCUCUGAGGCCAUGAAGCUCAAGGUUCUUUCUCAGGGUGAGACCGUUGUCGUUGUGCAAGGCUGGAAGGGAGGUAUGGGUAACACCAACACCCUCCGUGUCAUCAAGGCCGAAGCAGACCUCGGCAUCGCAAAACUCGAAGGCUAAUUUUUUCAUUCCGCGAUGAGAAUGGAUUCUUGAAUUUGCGCGUAUUCCAGCUUAGCUUUUCACAGCACAGGAUAGCAGUUCCUCGUUUACGAAUGGAUGCGGUCACGAAG